UCUUCAUUUCAGUCUGUCAUCUGCCUGAAAGAAAACUAUUUGAUCUCCACAAGCUUCCAGAGGAGAGGAAUUGAUGGAAAGUGAGAUCCAAAAGCCUUUCUCCCCCUCCCUCUGUUUGUCCUCCCUUCCCUUCCCUUUCCUUGAUAGCUUUCGGCUCACCCUCUCUUAGCCUCCUCCUCUCCAUGAACUUGUUCUUGUUCUUGUUCUACUUCUACUACUGCUACUACUAUUGCUGGGAUUUGUAUUUAUAUCAGCCUUAGAUUUGUUGAGAAAGAGCUGGUGAAAGUUGGACGGCGGGGACCAUGGUAUGAGACGAUGGUCCCGGCUCGGAACCUGCUCCGCCGGCACUACGACAGCUAUGGAGGCUGUUGCUCCGAUUUCGAGCACAAAACCCCUUCCUUGAGAUCCAAUCCGAUGGCCGAAGAGCCCUCCCAAGCCCCGACCCGCGGACCCAACGAUGACAACCACGACGAUGACGAAGAGGUGGCGGAGACCAGCAGCAGCUCCAAAAACUGGCUCCAACUAGGACUCGGGCCGCCGACGACUCCCUCGCGCCGCCGGCAAGGAGCGACCGAGCUCGAGCUGUUCACCGAAAGACCGUCGUCUUCGUCGUCGCCUUCGCCAUCCGAUCCCCGUGCCAUUGCUCGCCCGUUGACGGCGGGGACGCCUUCCGUCAUGGUGCCGGUGCUGCCGUGGCUGGCGCCGCACCAAGGGCUGAGUUACUGCUGGCAGGAGGCAACGCCGCCGCCGCCACCGCCUUGGGGGUUCUGGAGUAGCGGACCCGCGAUGGGGAGCAGCUCGAGAGUGCCGCCGAUGAUGCCGGAGUUUGUGGCCCGGCAAUUCAUGUGCCCGGCGGGGAGUUCGAGUCCGUUGGUGGCGGGUGGCGAGAUUCGGGCCGACAUCAGGGUCGUCAGCCCGCCGCCGAGGCCACAGACCGGCAUCUGGUUCGUGCUCCAGGCGGCACAAAACCAGGGAAGAGAGCCUUUUUUGCCUCAGAUACCAAAGAGCUACUUGAGGAUUAAGGACGGGAGGAUGACAGUUGGGCUGUUGAUGAAGUACUUGGUGAACAAGCUGGGACUGGAGGACGAAUCAGAGGUAGAGAUUACAUGUAGAGGACAAUUGCUUCUUCCCUACUUGAGUUUACAACAUGUUCGAGAUAGCAUAUGGUGCUUAGGGGAGGCAGUGAGAUUACUACCGGACUCGCCGAGCACAAAUCAUGUGAUGACCUUGGAGUAUGGUAGAAGUGCGUAGAUUUCUGCAUCGAUCUCGUGUAUAAAUUAAGCACUCCACUGAAUUCUUUUUCUUGUUCUUAACUUUGGUUCAUGCGCUCUGUUUUGUUCUUUGUCAUCUAAUUCAUUGAGAAAUAGCUUGGAAAUACCACAAUUUUUGGGGGAGACAACAUCAGCAGUGUAUUUCCAAGCCAUCUUGGCUUGAUAAUUCUUCCGCUUUUAACUCACUAAUUUCAGUUCCUGCUGUUACUUUUA